AUGUAUCUGUGGAAGCCGGCUGAAGCUCAAAAUGUGUUUUUUUGUAUCAUUACAGAAAACCUUGUGCCAAACAUUUUCCUGGAGCUUUUCUUUGUGGUGCAGCUGCUCACGUCUCGGUCGCCUCACACUCAUGAUGAGGGAGAACAGGGCAGUUUGUGUGUGGGUCAUACAGAAGUUCUGGAGAGAAGCUACCUGAGACAAGUACACAACUGUGUGUAUUUUGCGGUGAAGGUUCUGGAGAGUCAGUUUCAGUUGGUUUCUAAUUUGGACAAGUGCACCUUGCGUCUGCUGGCAGAGAACGAAAGAGUGGCGUCUUUCUCUCCGGAUCUCAGAGACCUCCUGACUCAGGCCCAGGAGGGGAGCACAGCCAAGCUCUCUCUUUCAGUUUCUACUUUCAUCCACUCAGUCCCAUUCCAGCCGGCUACUGACAACCGCUCCAACUUUGGUAGUGACAGAGCUUUCCACAUCUUCAAAAAGCAGAGAGAUAUUUUUUACGAGGUGUUACGAGAAUGGGAGGACUAUCACAAAGAGCCAGGGUGGAGUUUUGAUGUUGCUCUCGGAAGCAGGAUAAGGGGAAUGAUGAGUCAACUGACCUCGGCCGGAAACCAUUCCCAUUUUGCUCGACUGUUUCUGAAGCAGCUUGUUCAGAUGUGCAAAGGCCCCAGUGUGAACAGCUCUCCUGGUGAUACUGCCGAUGCUGACCUGCUAGGCAUGCUGGGAGCUGACAGCCUGGGGCGUCUGAAGCGUCUGGAGGAGCGUCUCAUCCAGCCUCAGGGAGUCGCCGGCCCCUGCCCUCCUCCAUCCUUCCCCGGUCACCAGGAGUUCUUCAGGGAUUUCCUGCAGGCAGCUAGCUGGAUCGCAUGGCCUAAGAUGUACUGCAAGAAUUGGCUGCCAGAAAAAAAUCUUGGAUGGGAUGAAGCUAUUCCCCAUCGCUCUUCUCCAAGCAUGGGCUGGCUGGUGGAAGAUCUCCACAAGGUGGCCCGGGGUUCAAGAUUGAUCGCUGUGCUCAGCCGCUACCACCCACCGACUUUAGCAAACCCUGGUCACCUGUUCCGGCUUGAUCAUCGACUUCUCUCUGAUGCGCAGCUGAGAUUGCGACCCAGUGAUGGGAAGGUGGAGAUCCUCAGAUUUGGCGGCUCGGGGCUUAGCCAAGUCCUCGCUGCAGUUCUGAAUCUACAACGUCCUGCCUCAUUCGAUGCUCCACACGACCUGCAUCCGGGCCGCUUACACUUUGGAAGUAGCCAGCAACAACGCCUGGAUCACGGACUCCUGUCAAUAAACUUCGCAGCUGGGGAGAAGCAUUUCAUCCUGCAGAGCCGGAUGGCCGCCGAGGUGUCCACUCUCGAGGCUACUGACAACCUGGAAUCCAGCACUGUUGCAGUUGGAGCUAGCCCGUGGAGCUCAAGGAGGAAUUAUGAUUGCUCUGAAUCAUGGGACAAAACUCCAAGCGGCAGCCCCUUGCUUCAGGACGCGCCAUAG